AUGGAUUCCCCCUCAAAAAAUUUAGCGGAAGGUUUACAAGAAUUCCAUAUAAGUUCACCGAAUGGUAAAAAUAACAACUCUCGUCAUAAUGGUAAUCAGGAAAAACUAAGUGUUAAACAAUACUUGCCUAAUAAUGAUUUUGCAGACUCAAAGUUUUUAUCUUUUGUAGAAGGUUCACAGUCAAAAAGUUAUGUGAGAAGAUUGGGAGAUUGGUCAAUGAGUUACGGUACAGUUCAGCAAAGACCGGGCGAUUCACCACAGCAUAUAAAUGGGGAUAAUAGAAGCAGUUUUGGUGAUGGAUUUGCAUUUAAUAAUAAUAACGACAACAAUAAUUUCAAUGAUGAAAAUGCGGAGACACCUCAAUGGAAACAGUACAUGCUAAUGCAAAGCCAAGUAAAAGCACAACAAAGAAAUCAACGACAAUUGCAGCCGCAGCAGAUACAACAGUUUAGCCUACCUUCAGAGAAACAGUCAAGUCAAAAUGGCAGAGAUCCGCCCUCUGAUUUGGUAUUAACAGCAUCAUUAAGCGACAUAUCUGGAAUCCCAACGAAUACUUUCAAAAGACAUGAUAGAAGAAAAAAUGAACAAAGUAGUGCAUCAAGGGAAACACAAGAUUAUGAAGACUAUAAUGAUGAAGAUGAGGCAGAGGAGGAAGAAGAUGAUAUUGAUCCCGCCUUGGAAGCUCGUGGUGUGUUUGACAACAUUCUUCGAAAACAGAGAUCUAAUUACGAACUGCUGCCUCCGCGCAAGGCAGCCGUACACGCUCAACCGCAUGCACAACCCGAAUCUGCAGGCUCAACCGAUUCUACCUCAUCUUAUUUUGGUGAAACACCAUCAUCUCUAUCGCCUGCAGAUAUUGACCUAAAACCUCCUACUGGUAAACUUAAUAACAAUAAUAAUAAUAACCGUAAUAAUAAUAGCCAUAAUAAUAAUAAUAACAAUGAUAAUGGUGAUGGCGAUGAGAAAUCCGAGGUUGAAGGAAUGAAAUUAAUUACGCCAGAGGAGAUGGGACUAGUCUUUGACAACGUUAAUGGAGUUUGGUAUAAACCUGCUCCAAAGAAUCAAGAUGUUUCAAGCAGUCGUACUUUAGACAGUUCCGCGAACCACAGUCAAAGUGAGUUUACAUCUGAAUCAAGUGUACAGAAAAGAAUUUCUAAACCUCGUAGACAAUAUCGAGAAGAACGUGAACCAUCUAUUAGAAACGAUUACGAUGAUGAAGAAUACGAUGAUACUCCAAUGGAUGUACCGGAGAUUAACCCAAAUUUCUUAUUGAAAAAACGUCAAUCAGGUAAAAUGCGUUAUUCAUCCCACCCAGAGAGCGCAGUAGAUGUGACAACAGUUUCACAGGUUAAUACGUCAUUCCAGCAGAGCAGAAAAGAAUUGGUUGCAUUAUUGACAGAUGCAAUACCACCUAGAGGUCAAGACUGGUUAACGCAAGUUGAUUAUGUGAACUUAUCAAGACGUGAAUUAGGUCCUCACAUGGUAGGACUUGAUGAAAUGUUACCACAUUUGAGAAACAUUAACUUGAAUCAUAACCAUUUGAAAUCUUUACAAGGAAUUCCUACUGGGAUUUUCGAAUUACAAUGUAGUAAUAACGAAUUGACAAGCUGUCAAUUAGAUUCAUUGCAACAUUUGGAAACAUUAGACCUAUCACACAAUGCACUAAAUCGAAUGGGUGGAAUUCUUUCACCGUGUUUACAUCUUAGAGAUGUUAAUUUAUCUCACAAUAAGAUUAAGACCUUGGAUAAAGAAUUGGGUAAAUCCAAUUUGGUUAGACUUGAUCUUUCUCAUAACGAAAUUCAAGGUACGAUUGAUUUUGCCAAAUUAACCAAAGGUCUUCCAAGCAAUUCUUCAUGGUUUCAAAUUGAGGAGAUUGAUCUCAGUAAUAAUAAAAUUGACAAAAUAUACAACGUCGGUCAUCUAUCAAAAUUAAGAAUUCUUAAAUUGGAUGGUAAUCCAUUACAAGAAGUAAUUGAAAGAAGGGCAUCGAAUCAAUUAAGGACAUUAAGCAUAUUGGGGACAAAAGGCCAUCUCAAGAGAAUUACAAUGGGAACCGGAGGAAAUUCUUCAUCAUUGUUGUUUCCAUUCCACCGCUUACGUAUAUUGAAAUGUGAUGCACAUAAAGGUUCAAGACAAUGGAAACAAUUAUCGAGAAGCCUCGAAGAAUUAUGGUUACAAGAUGGUGACAUGAACAAGAUCCCACAUUGGGAAAUAAUCCCCGGAUCAUUAAGAGUUUUAGUAUUGAUGAGGAUCAAAGGCCUUUACCAAUUGCCCAAGACUUUUGCAUACAGAUUACCAUCGUUACAAGAGUUGAACCUUAGGGGUAAUGAGCUGGUUUCUUGUUAUUCCCUAAUUGAAGCAUUACCAAAUCUGUGCCUUGUCAAAUUAGAUCUGAGGGAAAAUCCGCUAACAAGGCUUAAGAACAACAGUGGUAAAGAUAACCUUAAGGAUAUGAUUAACAUAAUAAAGAUGGCAUGCAACAGACUGUCAGAAAUAAACAUAUAG